ACGACGUCAUCAGUCCGCGCCGCACGGGGUAAGGGGAACGUGGGAAGUCGAGAGUAGUGGAAAGUCCCCACGUGAAACGGUGUGAACAUGGCGUCGACUCCAGAACCAGAGGUCCAGCUCGCACAGAGAUUAGCCUCCAAUGAGAAGCCCAUCCGGACCAAGGCCAUUAAAAAACUGAGGAAAUACAUAAAUGCCAGGUCUCACAAUGCGUCUGGUGGCUUCACAGGUGAUGAGCUGCUCAAGCUGUGGAAAGGUCUGUUUUACUGCUUGUGGAUGCAGGACAAACCACUGCUCCAGGAGGAGCUGUCAAACCAACUCUCCACCCUGAUCCACAGUUUCCAUAGUAUUGAUGAACAGUUUUUAUACUUGGAGAGCUUCCUGCAGACCUUCAAAAGAGAGUGGACUGGUAUUGACAGGUUGCGCAUGGACAAGUUCCUCCAGUUGGUUCGCUUCAUGUUCAGACAAAUCUUUGAGAUGCUGAAGAGGAAAAACUGGGAGAGCGGCAUGGUUGCCAGGUUUCUGGAUCUGCUCACAGUCCAGCUCCUGCAGAGCAGCAGUGAGGCACCCAGUGGGCUACAGUUCCACAUCCUGGACCUCUACAUGACUGAACUGGCAGCUGUGGGUUCAGCGGAGCUCACUGCUGAUCAGAACUUGAUCUUCAUUGAGCCGUUCUGCAAAACAGCCGCCAAAACCAAGGAUCGAUCUCUUUCUGGAGCCAUCUGCAGCAGCAUCUUCAGCACCAUCAUUGACCAGGCGCCCUUUGCUAUUGACGAUUUGAUGAAGGAGUUGAAAGCAGCAAAGGCCUCAGACUCAGGACAGGCCUCUGAAGAGGACGAUAAAGAAGACCAGCCAAAAGAGAAAAUGAGCAAACCGGUUGGCAAGAAAGGGACAUCAAAGCAGAUAAACGGCAAAAAAUUGAAUGAAGAAAAGGAUGAUUCUGAGCUUCUUAACUUGGAAGACUUGGACACAGAAGUGUCAUGUGAUGAUGACAUUGGACCAGUCCUGCAGUUUGACUAUGCAGCCCUGGUAGACAAGCUGUUUGAGUUAGCCAGUCGGAGCAGCACACCCAGCCACAACAGAAAGAGACUCUACAAAAUCAUCAAAGUACUGCGUGACCUGAAUAAAGGCAUCUUUCCUCAGGAUGAGUAUCCAGAGGAGGUCUCGACAGAUGAGGAUGAUGAAAUGUUUGGCAGCAGAAAGAGGAUGAAGAGAGGUGGAGGUCAGAUGGAGGAGGAGGAUGAGGGGGCGCCAGCAGCCAAGAAAAGCAAAGGGAAGAAAAAGAAGGCAUCCACGCUCAACAAGCUAAACAAGGAUUCAGGGAAAGAUCACAAUGAACCAACUGAUCCAGCUGCAAAUAUUGAAAACAAAAAGAACAAGAAGAAGAAAAAGAAGAGAAAGAAGAAGAAGAACGCAGGUGAAGGUGGAAGUGCAGGUAAAGAGGAAAAUACAGAGAGGUCUGAACACGAACAAACUGUGGAUCAAGCUCAGAGUGCAAUUAAAGACACUGAAGGUGGUCCGGAGUGUUCACAAACAGAAGAUUCAGGAAAGGAAGCACAGAUGCAAAGUUCCCUCUCAUCUUUAAAAGUAAUAGAGGCAGCAACUACAGAGGGUCAGUCAGGAACUCUGCUCCUCUCUGAAGUAAACGAACAGCCUACAGUUACAGUCACAGAAGAAACCAGCCAACCAACAUCCUGCACAACUGACAACAAGGGCCCAUCUAAGAAGUUGUUGUCCGAAGCCGAUGCUACAGUCUCAGGGAAGAAGACGCAAAAGAAGAAGGGCCUGAAGGCUGUGUGCAAUAGAAAAAGAAACAAAAUGGAUCUCAAAGCUGAUGAAUCACCACAGGUUAAGCCUGAGACACAGUUUGAAGUAGAGGGAAAACACACUGAUGCUGAAAUCACAUCAGUUGGUCAGGAAGAAUCACAAGAUGCCACCACAGUGCCACUUAAAAAGAAGACAAAGAAAAAAGGCAAGCAGGAGGAUGCAACCCUUGGAGCUUUGCCUGCUGCAGAUGAAACCACUGUCACCCCACUGAAGAAGAAUAGAGAGAAGAAUCAAAAAGAAUCGACUACUGCGGAGGAGAAAGGAGUGGAAACCAAGCUGGCUGUGGAUGCUGAGAAAGUUCUGUUUGACAUCACCAUGACAACACCAGCAAAGAAGCAAAAGAAAUCGGCACCAGCCAAAGUGCACGAUAAAGAUCAAACCCAGUCACAGGUGGUUGGCAGUGUUGAUGAAGAGCCCCCAUUGGAUGACAAUGAAAGGCUCUCUUCCUCUGGGAAAUUGGACAAGAGGAAGAAAAGGAAGAUCCCUGUGAUAUUUGAGUAUGAAGUCGAUGAGCUGCAGGUGGCUGCAUGGCAGGCUACAUCCUUAAAUGGCCUCACAGAAGAAGAAGAACCUGUUGGCAAGAUGUCAAAACCAAGCAGAGAUGUUGGAGAGUCAUCCACACCUCUGCACACUAAAAAGUCCCAAAAGAAGAUUUCCUCAGAGCUGGUGUCUAACUUCAUCACCUUUCAGAGCAACGCUUCAGUCCCAGCACCACUCUUUUGCAAAACCAAGGGGAGCCCCAGCCUCCCACUGCUCAGCAAGAAGAAGAGUCGAACUCCUACAGCAGAAUCCAAGAAGGUGACCUUCGGUCUCAAGAAUAAUAAGACCGCUGUCAGACCAAAGGGCCACAGGCUGGAGUCGAACCCGGGCCGCUGCGGCAACAGCCUUGUACAUGGGGUGCCUGCUCUACCACUAAGCCACCGACGCCCCAAGUCGGUGCAAUAAUUUAAGUGACAUUAGACCGUUAAUACAAGUCGUUUCAGCUCUUACUAAUGGCUAACCAUGGUAAGUCCAGAAGCCUGAGGGCAGGCCACUCUAGCACGACAGCUAACAGCACCGCUAGCAAAGCUGAGUCGAACGAUGCUACCAUGUUAUCCCCGGAUGCGGUGGAGAAGAUUAUGACAGGGAUUGAAACGCUUGGACAGAAGGUGGAUACUCAAAGGGCAGCUCUUCGCCAGGACAUAACCUCCAUUCGACAGGAGUUACACACCACUGCCAUUGCGCAAAACGCCAAGCGUGUCGAUGAUCUAGAGCACUCAGCUAAUGAAUGGAGCUCAUUGGUUAUGGCUUUGGAGAUUACAGUUGAACGUCUGAAGUCAGAUUUGUGCAAUUUGAAAGAAAAGUGCUUGGACUUGGAAGGACAGAGCCGCCUUCAAAAUGUGUGACUUGUAGGGAUUGAAGAAAGCAGAGAGGGGGGCAACCCGCAGCAGUUUUGUGCUGAUUUGUUGAAGGAGAUUUUGGAUCUGGAGGACACCCCCCAUCUGGAUCGCGGACAUCGGUCACUGGCGCCAAAACCCCAGGAAGGAGAACCACCCAGACCGUUCAUAAUUAGAGUGCAUCACAGGGACAUCAAGGACUGCAUCCUCUGCAUUUCCAGCCAGAAGAAACCGCUCAUCUACCAAGGGAAACGUGUGUACAUCUUCCCCGACCACGCUCCGGAAGUGGCCAGGAGGCAAGCCGCUUUCACUGCCGUUAAACGACUGUUAAAAGAUGCUCCUGGUCUAAAAUUUUGGCUCCGCUUUCCAGCCAAACUCUGGAUUACGUUUAAGGGUGAGGAACAUUCCUUUUUGGAUCCUGAGCUGGCCAUGUCUUUUUUAAAGGAAAACAUCUUGUCAAACGGGAACGAAUGACUAUCUGGUAACGCCAUCCUCAUCAAGGUAAUACUCUGAUGCUACUUAAAUGACUUUGUUACAGUAUUCCUAGUUUCUGUUUCUUGCUGAAUGUUGUUGCUUUUGAUCUUUUUGCUUCUUGUUUUUUCUUUGAUUUUGUUUACUUAUGUUAUGUGAAUUUAUGUUAUGUGUAUCAGUUUCCACUGAAUAGAAGCUGCCUGUCAAUUAACUUUACUAACUGGAAUGUGAAGGGAUUAAAUUAUCCUAUAAAACGUUCCAGAGUCCUUACUCAUCUAGGGAAUCUUAAAACAGAUAUAGCUUUUCUUACAGAGACUCACAUGUGUAGUUCAGACUAUGUUAGACUGAAGCGGGGCUGGGUUGAACAGGUAUUUUAUUCACACUCUCAGGGGCUGUCCACACCAACCCGGGUAUUUAUAAAACCGUGACUCUUUGCUCACGGUUUGGCCUUUCAUCCACACGUAACCGCAGUUUUGGGCUUCUGUAACCGGAGUUAUUUGUAACCGGAGUCCAGGGUGAACUUUUUGGAAAAGUCCGGUGUCAGCAGUCAUGUGUGGACAGGAUAACCGGAGUUAUUUUGUCUCAUCUCCAUUGUAUGACGUCACAGUGUGCGACGUAAACAGAAAACAGCUGUGUUAUUACCCGAUCCAGUGUGUGCGAGAGACGAUUUGAGGAUGGACCUAAACAAAAUACUGCUGCUAUUUAGCAGCAUAUCAGCACCUUGUGGCUGUAUCAUUAUGGACAUCGGAACUUUUUUCUGAGGGGGGGGCGGGAUUUUUGUUGGGAGGGGCGAGGGAAGCACGCACACUUAUCAGUGAUUAAGGAUUUGAUUUGAAGUUAUUUUAUAAUAACAUGCAGUUAUAAGAGAACUAGAAUGGAUGAACACGGCAUCUUUAUUGUUAAGAAAAUGAAACUUUGAUAACUAAAUCAAGCCAUUUAAGGAACAUAACAGCAUUAUUUGUAACCUUGAAUGAAAAAAAGAAAGGUCUGCGCUCCUGACUCAGGGCUUUCAUGCAUUUCCAAAAGUGCACUAGGCUCAGUGGCCUAGUGGUAGAGUGUCCGCCCUGAGACUGGGAGGUCGUGGGUCCGAUCCCCGGCCGGGUCAUACCAAAGACUUUAAAAAUGGGACCCAUUGCUUCCCUGCUUGCACUCAGCAUCAGGAAUUGGGGCUAGAUCACCACAUGAUUCCUGAGCGCGGCACUGCUGCUCACCACUCCCUCAGGGGAUGGGUCAAAUGUGGAGAACAAAUUUCACACACUCAGGUGUGUGACAAUCAGUGGAACUUUAAUCUUUAAUCCCUCUCUGACACCAAGGACAGCACUAGAUACAAUCCUUGAAAUCAAACCAGAGGUCAAAGGAACAAUAUCUAAGUUUUACACAGCCAUAUUUAACAUUGAAGGUUCAUUUCUUUCAACUGUUAGAGCGAAGUGGGAGGGGGAUCUGGGAACUUGCAUAUCUGAUGAUCAGUGGUCUAAAAUACUUAAAAAUAUUCAUUCAUCUUCAAUUUGUACAAGGCAUAACCUCAUUCAGUUUAAGAUUGUUCAUCGACUUCACGUCAAAAGUGAAACUUUCCAAGAUUUUUCCCAAUGUCAGUCCUGUUUGUGACAAAAGCAAACAAUUCCCUGCCAGUCUUUAUCACACAUUCUGGUCACGCCCAAGCCUAACAAAAUUCUGGUCUUCAAUAUUUAUUGUAUAUUCGGAGAAAGCAGGCCAGAAAAUUUAACCUUGUCCCAUCCUUGGUCUUUUUGGUGUGCUGUCAGGAAAACUCAAUCUGACUAAAAUACAGCUAAGUCGCAUAGCUUACUCAGUUCUUCUAGCAAGGCGUCUUAUUCUUUUGAGUUGGUGAUUGUCCUCCUUCUUUUAGCAGGUGGAUCUGUGAAGUCAUGUAUUGUCUUAAAAUAGAAAAGAUAAGAUACACACUGCAGGGGUCCAUUCGGAAAUUUGAUGCAAUGUGGCAGCCCUUUAUUUUUUAUGUGGAACGUCUGACUCUACCACUCAACCUAUGAAUUGAGUAUAGAGCUACAUGGGUGUACUACUCUGGAAAUUGUUUUUAUUUAUUUAUGUAUUCUUUUUUUCUAUUUUUAGUUCUCUUUUUCUUUUUUCUCUUUCCUUUCUCUACUUACUGUCUUGUAAUUGGUGAAAUUUCUAUUCAUUUAUAUGUAUGUAUCAUGGAUGUUACAUUUUUCACUCUGUAAAUGUUAAAAUUUGAAUAAAAACACAGUGACAAAAAAAAGAUGUAAACAGACGUGCAAUAGAUGUCAUACAGAACAACAUAAUAAAUUUGCAGUAUUCCAUCUGACAAAAUAAUACAUGAAGAGAGACAGAGACGGAGAGAGAAACUGAGCCAGAGCCAGAGAGAGAUGCAGGACAG